UAUGUAAACUUGGAAUUUAUUUCAAGGGUUUAAUCUGGAUGGCUGUUCCAUUCCUCCAUUUUCAUUAUGCUGUCUUUUACUCAGAUGUGCUCUGUAAUAAUUUUCUUUCUCGUCUAAUUUCUUUUUGCCCCCUUGUUCAUUGUCUGUGUUCUUCUGGUGAAAAUAAAAAUGUUGUAUAUUAAGUUUUGCUAAUAAAGUUUGUUUUAAAAAACGGACAUAAAUAAAUAAAACACAAAUGUGAUUAAAUCUAUAAAAUAUAAAUUAUUCUGUUAAUAACCAUAAAAACAAAAACAUAAAAACAAAAAAGUGGACCAUUUUUGGUUGGUGUCACUUCAUCCUCCGACCAGAAGGUGGCGGUACUAAAACCUAGUUGUGUCUAUCCGCCUUGGUCGUCCGGGUUAGUUUCAGAUGCUCGUUAACUAUUACAGUUUGUUAUCGGUGGCAAGAGUAAAUCCUUUACAUCGAUAUAAUUUCUUUGCGUUGCAGUUCUGGAGGUUUUCCUCCUCCGGAGAGUGGAUUUGAUCACCGAAGUUAGAAGCUUUGCAUUUGUUCCAGGAGGAUGUACUCGAGCAGCUCCGAGUCCAGUCACAGAUGGCAGAACUCUGAGCGAAGUUCUCGGCAGUGGGAUGAGCCCAACAAAAGGAGGGAGAAAUGGCCUGAAUCUCAUUGGGAUUCCCAUCACCAAUAUCACAGAGAAGAACCCAGAAGCUCUGAGAGGACGAGCAGAAACCUGGAGGGCGACGACUCGCCGCAGAGGCGCUACAGCAGAGACUCUCUGAGCAGAGACUGGGACAGAGGGAGCCCCGUGAGGAGGCGCGUCUCCUCACCAGUCUGGGACGGCUAUGAGACAAAGAGGCGGAGGUACACGGCUGAUUAUACCGACCACAAAUACAGACAAAGACACGAUUCUCCACGCAGGCUGUCGCCAGACAGUUUCUCAAACAAUCAAAAAGGUACUGACUUUAAAUAUUCAGCAUCACAUGAUGAUGAGAACUUUAGGUACAGGAGAUCCCCUCCCGACUCCUGGCACCGGCAUCCACAGGACGCUUACAGGAAGAGAUCGGACGAUUUAAGCGACAGGAGUUUUCCUGGUUCUUACAAAGACAGAGAUGAUCAGAAUCGGAGGCAGAAUUCUUCUCAGGAGAGGAGAUGGUCUCCAGAUCGCUCCACAAAGAUUCAAUUCAAGGACAAAGAGCAUAAGGACAGCCCCCCCGCGGCAGAAUGUAGACAACAAAAACAUCGAGCGGGGUUCUCCACGAACAGAUCCAGCGGGCAGGCUUUGCAGGCUGAUGACGCCACGAAGAGCAAUGAGCUGAAGUCCUCCACAGGCUUCCAGCGUUUUCUGGAGGUUCUGAACAAGGGCGUGAAUGUUGACGUUCUCACCAAGAUUGUGACUCAAAAUCCGGAUCAACAGGUUUCCCCCAACCAUUGUGGGAACACCGUGGAUCGAGCUGGAAAGAAACAGAAUCAAGAACGAAGAGGUUGGGGGCAAAGAUCUCGCACGCUCGUUGCUGUAAAGCCUCAGCAGAGGACGCUCAGUCCAAGCAGGAGCCCUGUGGAGAAGUCUCUUCCAAAGACUGACGGCUCGACGGAGAACGUGUCCAAGCCCUCUGUGGUGGAGAAGGUCCUAACGCCUGAGGAGGAGCAGAAGCAGAGACAAAUGCAGGGCGUUCUCCAAGCUAUAGGUUUAGAUCUGGGGUUUGAAGAACUCGGUCAAAUGUCCAGUCGAAUCCAGGAGCGUCUCUACGGCAAGAAGGACGAAGAUGUGACUAAUGAGAGGAGCACGAGACCAACGUUUGCUUCAAAACGCCAAAGUAGAUCGUGGUCCUCCAGCCGCUCCAGUUUUAGCCCCACGAGUCGCAGCUCGGACACGAAAAGAGACUUGAGUUCUCAAAGGGACGAAGUCGAGCAACAUCCUCCGCAGCAUCCUCUGCAGCAUCCUUCACAACGUCGUUCCCAGCAUCCUCCGCAGCACCCUCCCCCACAGCAUCCUUCGCAGCAUCCUCCCCAGCAUCCUCCUCCACCGCAGCAUCCUCCUCAGCACCCUCUCCAGCAUCCUGUGCAACAAACCACAGAUUAUGGCAAAUUUAGAUACGAGGACGCCAGGUCCAACUGUCACAGAAGUCCCGCUGUUCUGCACAUUUCUUCUCCAAAUUCCUCAUACGCUGUGACUCAGCCGCCGCCAGCGUCUCAGCCGCCCCCAGCGUCUCCCAUCCUAACAUACCCACCCAAGAACUGGUCAGAGUUUUUAUACCCACCCCCUUCUUUAGUUCCACCUCCAGUCCCACCUCCUGUCCCGCCUCCAGUCCCGCCUCCAAUCACGCCGUCUGUCAGACCGGCUCUUUUCCUGCCUCCUUUCACUGGCGUUCCCGCCGGUCUUCCCGUGGCUCCCCCGAGCAUCUUUCCCCCUCCACUUGACCAGACGGGACGCUUUUUCCCGCCACCCAUAAACUUUCCGCCUUUCCCUCCGCCUGCCCUAAAUACAUUCCAAACCCUGAACAAAACCCCGAACAUUAAAGCUAAGCCGCAGGCCAGGCCGCGCUGCCUGCAGGUGAUCAAAUGAGUGGAUGAAGGGACGAGGGUCAGGUGACCCGCACGAAUCCCUUUUUCUGCACUUUUGGUUGAUUUCUUAGAAAAAUGACUAAAACAUUCUAUCAUAUGGUUUCAUGAUAACACUGUAUCUGUUUGUUGGUGAAAUAAUAAAUCCUUCGCUACUAUCAAUGGAAACUAGCUGCUUCAGUCGUUGAGCAAGGCAGCUACAGGACAGACAGAGAUGCUAACACAAACAAGCAGCGGCCAUUUAAUAUCGCUUCUCCGUUGAGGCCGGACAUGAAGCAGGUGGGCGUCUCAGGAGCUCCAAAACUUCCAGAUUUUAUCCAGAAAAUUCCUUCUUACUGAUUUUGAAGGUGAGGAGACUCCUGAGGAGGAAGAGGGAGCUGGACCUGGACGGGAACACGGUGAGAGCUCCGCGGUCAGGUUAAAACUUUUACAACAGCAAAAAGAAAUGGUCUUUCAAUGUCUGUUUUUGUGUUUGUUGAAGGUUCAAACUCCAGUUUGACUCAGUUCUUUGAGUAAGACUUGACCUCACAGUUCUCAGUUGUAAAUAAAGCUGUAAGUCUUUGGUUCCACUUCUUA